CAGGAAUAGAUCCGGCGGGGCUUGGUGUUUACUCAACACUUGCAGGGCGAAAAGUGCCUGCCUUCAACCACCUCCAUUACCCAGCACGUCUCUACGCCAUUCACUACAAGUUUUAUGACAAAUGGCCUCUAACUGCUGCGUCUGAAGGUAUUGUCGAGACCAGCAUAAACCUAGAUACAACAUGUCGAAAUCUAGAGCUAUUCAAUGGCCAACUGUAGUUAUCAGCUCCCUUCCCAAGUCUCAUUCAAUACAUGGAACAUCGCCAGCUAACUUGCCAUUCAGUACUCCGCGACAACAUUUGCGCAUGAAGACACAUAGAUUGUCUUCAGAAAUAUCAACUUCAAAGCUUUCAUAUGAUCAAUCUUUCGAGGCGACACCGUUUGCAAAAAAUCAAUGCUGUUCCCAACAAACGCGUAACCCCACUACGUGCCCGGUCUUUAAGCCAGUGCAUUUGCACUACAAGUUAUUUCUUUGAAUCUUUGAACGUACUUGCGCCAAAGUGUAAGAUAUUGAACUCGACUACAAAUCGCUUUGGAUACCGACAAUAUCGCCAGUCUCACACCUCAAGCGCAUCUAAUGCGCAAAACCUUCAAGCUAGUGCCGCGACUCGGCCUUCCACUGACAAUAGCAGUCCGCAGCGCUCACGAAGGACUCGUGGCUCCAGACUAGCUGACUUCUUUUCAAACAGUACGCCAUCAAACACUCAUAAUACCCCCAACAUUGUCGUAAAUUCUGUGAAGUCUUCAAAAAAAAAGAAUACGUCAAUAAGACAACCUCGCCAUUCCUCAGCUGCAAUACAUAUCAAGAAGGCGGUCGUGGCUCUCGAUAACUUGAGAUUAUUAAUAUAUCCAGAUCGAUUUUAUACUCACUCGUCCCACUUGGGACGUAACGACAUAUCACAGAGCAUUAAUGGAAAAGCACCGUAUACCAUCAUCCAUAGUCCCACCACUGCCAGCGCUUCAGCAACUCUAUAAUAUCCUUUUCACAUCGAGACACAUUAACUUACUUACACCGGCUGAUUGGGACGCCUAUAUUUUCUGGCUCUCACACCAUAAGGACUAUCAUAUGCUAAGCUUAGUUCAUCUACCAUCCU